AUUUUAUAUAAAGCUUUAUUUAUUUAUUUUUAUUUAUCUGAUUCGAGUUGACAAAAGGAUCUUUUACAAUACUUAACUUAUUACAGAAUUUGUAUAUGUCAUAUGAUACAUAAUAAAUACUUUAUUUAUAUAGAGUAGUUGAGUAGUUUAUAGCCUUAUCGAUUGUUGACAGUUGUCACACUCUAUUACAGAAUUUUCGCUAACUUCUUCGUUUAAAUUUUAUAAGAAUAUUUUAUAGAAUUAAUUAAAAAAAAACCAUUUUGAUAAAAUUUACGAUACUUUAAUCACUCUAUAAAUUCCUUUGGGAACUCUAUCCUCAUGUUUGCGGCAAAUGAUUUCGAACCAGAAUUUUAUUAUACUUCAACACCGCCAGAUCUAAUUUCAACUAGUGAUAGUGACUUGGAAGAAAAUAACAAUGUACAAGAAGAAGACAUAGAAACUGGUAAUAAUGAAACAGCAGACGAUCUCCCAAACGGACGCCAUUAUGGUGAUUACAAUACAAUAAAUAUGGAAUUGGAUGGUGAAUAUACUUCUGAAGACGAAGAACAACGUCCUCGUUCAACACCAGCAUCUACAGGUCACGCUUUUCACCGUCUUGCUGACCCCUAUGCCACUCGACAUCACCAUAGAUCUUCUUCACAACGCAGUCGUGGCUUUUCUCCGUUAGGAACACGGUUUUCGUCUUUGCGGAGACAAAACGCAAUUACUUCUUCUUUUCUUACACAGCAUAUUAAGCAUAAUAAUGAACUUGGAAAACAAGCAAUAUCUGGUAGUGGUUCAAAAGAUUUGGGACAAUUUCACUUACCAGAAUCUAGUUAUUUACGUGCUGGAAUGUCUUUCACUGGAACGCAAAACUUAAUGAAUUCACAACCCCAACAAAGAGACGAAGAAUGGGAAGUUAAAGUGACCGUUCACUAUGUAAAUUAUAAAACCGGAACUGUUAUAGGAUUAAUGGAAGCUUUAAAUGUACCGAAUAGUUCAAAUACAGUUGUUACAUAUUGGGAGGGUGAAAUGAUUGAUUUUGUUAACCAUUCUCUUUGGACGGAUAAAUGGAAUUCAAGUCCGGAAAUUGAUCUUCAACAUUGGAAAAAAUUUGAAGCUUUCCGUCAAAUGGAUGUUCGAAGUAUAAUCAGAGGUACUCCAACCAGAGAAUGGUUUCAAGAAGCAUGUCAAAAGUAUAUAUUUAUGAGAUGGAAGGAGAGUGGAUUAACUAUUGCCGGCUUUUAUUAUAUUUGUAUCAGAAGAAGCGAUGGUGCUAUUGAGGGAUAUUAUUUUGAUCCUGUUUCUACACCGUAUCAGAAAUUAACUCUUAAACCACUGUUAGAAGGAGAUGGAAUUUCAUUUUGUGAUUAUAGUCUAAAUUAAAAUCACUUUUUGAAUAUAUAUUAUUUUAUUUUAUUUUGCCUGACAAAACAACAAUUGUUAUAUUUUCACAUUUAUCUUACCGUUUAUAGUAAAAAAAAAAAAACGACAUUAUUUUAUUCGCAAACAAAAAUUUAUCAAUAUAUUUUUUUUCAUUGCAAAGGCAAAUGAAUAUCUGUAGUAUAGUAUUAAGAAUUUUUUUUCCUUUUUUAUAUGAAUAUAAACAACAUAUAUAUGUAUAUACAUAUAGUAUUUUUAAGAGAUAUAUAUAUAUAUUUUCAAAAAUGAAAAAUCGAAAAAAAAAUGAUUUUUUUUUAUUAAAAAUCAGAAUAAUAUAUAUAUCCAACUCUAUAAUUCUUUUUU